AUGAACCCACACGACGACACCGAAAAAGUAUACACGUCCGAUUCUGACCUUGAAGACGCCGAUUACGUACCUCAAGGCGAGGAAAAUAGUGAUAGUGAAGCAGAAGACUUUACUACGCAAGAGGCUGAGGAAGAUAAUGAUAGUGUGGAAAGUCCUAAUGGCAAUGGAAAACGUAAAAAAAGUACACGUUUGAAUCCAAUUUCCGAGAUUAUUACCAAGAAGCCAAGGAUUCAAGAAACUUCAAACGACGAAAAAAUUUCGCCUAUAAAUCAACAAAGCAAGAUUGAUGCUCUAUGGGCCGAGUUUAAUAAAGAAGAACCGAAAAUCAGUACUGACACGUCGUCUUUAUUGUCGCCCCUUAAAGAUAAUUCCUAUACCUCAAAAAAAGAAAUGACUACAAAAACGAUUACGAUAACGGAAACUUUUAGAUUCGCUGGUGAAGAAAUAACAGAGACAAGAGAAGUAGACGCUGAUUCUGAAGAAGCAAAGCGAUUCUUAUUAGAACAAGAAAAAAAAAAAUCUAUUGACCAAUCAAAACAACAACCACCUUUGUCUUCCUCAUCUUCACAUACAAAAACCGAUAAUGAUGACACCAAAGAACAACCAAAUAAUAGCAAUAAUAAUAUAGAAAAGUCAUCCACUUCCACUUCAUCAAACCAGUCUCCAAGUAGGAAAGCCUCGUUAAUUGUAAGUCACAAUGGUAAAAAACCUAUAAGACCAAAGUCAAAUUUAGAUCAAUUAGCUGCUUCACUCAAAAAUAAGCCCACGAAAAUAAAUACUCUUGAUAAAUCCAAAAUGGAUUGGAACAAGUUUGUCUAUAAGGAAGGAAUUGUGGAUGAACUUAAAUAUCAUAAUAAGAGUGGGCAAGUAUCGUUUGUUGACAAACAAGAAUUUCUACAACGCACGUAUGAGCGACAAGAGGCUGAACUAAAAUCUCUUCGAAAAGGGUCAAAAGAUUAA